GUCGUUGUGUGAUGAACUUGAACAGCCGCCCUUCGAAUCGUCGCCAAUCGAAUCGCAUUUUCAGCACUCAGCGUUUGGGAAAUAGUGCGAAUCAAGAGCAGGAAGCGUUGUUGCUGUUGCUGCGAGCAGGGCAAAGACAAGCGGUACGGUACAAGUGCGGUGCGAGGUACAAGAUCCCGAGAUUCUGAGAUUUCGAGAUCCCGAGAUUCGAGGUGUGGGUGCAGACAGCCGUAGAGACGCUCGUAAAAUCAGGCAGGAUUUUAUGUGUUAGUUUCCGUUUAGUGCGCUUCUGGCCGUAAAUUUAUUCCAAACUCAAAAAAAAGUGAGGAAGGGAAAUAGGGGAAAAAACAAACGAGGAACGUGCGACGGAUUUCCGCGCCGAGACAGACAUACACACACACCAUCGCCAUUGCCAAAACAAAAAGAGCUCCAGCAACAGGAAACGGGCUAGGAAGUCGCCACCAGCCAUCAGCCCUGCCAAUUGUGCAGCAGGACGCGUGCUGCAGGAUUGGCUGCGCCUGAGAGCAGCAACACCAGCGGCAACAUCAGCAGGAGCAACACCAACACCAGCAACACCAGCGGCAACUUGUUUUGUCUAUCCAUAAGUUCCUUUGUGCAUCAUGCACGACUCCGGCAAACCGUCCCCCGCCACCAGCCCCACCAUCCCGCCCAAACAGCAGGCAGCGACGCUCCAGUCGCCGGCAGCGGCGGCGGCGGUCAGCGGACUGGAUCCGGCGGACGAUGAGGACGAGACCGACGUGAUCGGCGACCUGAUGGGUCACUACGGGAAGUGGCAGCUGCUGAUGACGGUGCUGCUGUCGCUCUUCCAGGUGCCCAAUACCUUCCACAUAUCCUCGUCCAUCUACCAGGCGGCCAACAAGGAUUUUUGGUGCCAGCGCCCUGCGCAAUUAAAGCACUUGCCAGUGGAUGUCUGGCGGAAUAUUAGUGGUUCCGUGGACAACUGCCAGAGAUGGGAGGGCAUCGAUUGGAGUCAAGUACCCAAUGAUACCACUCAGCCAUCAGAGUGGAAGCAACCUCUGGAGGUGGAAAGGAAAAUGGUGGCCUGCGAGAAAUGGGAGUACGAGACGAACGACAACGUGGGCAACACCUGGACAUCCCAAUGGGAUCUGGUGUGCGAGAAGGAGCACCUGAAGAACGUGGCCGAGAUGUUCUUCCUGCUCGGAGUGGCAACAGGUGGCAUUAUCUCCGGCUAUUUAUCGGACAAGUUCGGCCGCAAGACAAUGCUCUUCAUAUCGGCCGUGCUGCAGACCAUAUUCGGUCUUUGGCUCUAUAUCUGCAGCUCCUUUGAGCUAUAUCUCACACUUCGCGCUCUGCUCGGCUUGGUAUCGGUGUCGGUGACCUACUCCGGCCUGAUCCUGGCCAUCGAGUAUGUGGAUGGCAAGUGGAGGACCAUCGCCGGGAUGUACAACCUGUUUCCACUGCCAAUCUCCUACAUGAUCAUAUCGGGCCUGGCCUACUUGACCCAGGACUAUCAACGCCUGCAGCUCUGCAUUGGAAUUCCGGGGAUUUUUCUGUGUUUCCUCUGGUUUGUGGUGCCGGAAUCGCCGCGCUGGCUGCUGGUCAAGGGUCGCAUCGAUGAGGUGCGUCGUAUUAUAGAGGCGGCGGCCAAGUUCAAUGGUCGCCAGCUGCCCGCCGAUUAUCAACUCACUCCGCCGACGCAGGAGAGCAGUUCGCAGGAUGUGACCUACCUGUUCCGCUCCAGCUACCUGCGACGCAUCUCCAUCUGCUUCUUCUGCAUCUGGUUCACCAUGAAUCUGGUCUAUUACGGGAUUAUUCUCAAUAUGAGCUCCUUCGGCGGCAAUGUCUACUUGAAUUCGGCGCUAGCUGGCCUAGUCGAAAUACCCGCCAUCGCCGUGGCCAUGUACAUCAUCACCAAGGUGGGCAAGAAGUGGCUCUUCUGCGCCACUUUGAUCUGUGCCGGCGUCGCCUGCUGCUGUGCGGCGAUCACCGAGGGGCAAGCGGACCUGCUCUGGCUGAAGAUCACAUUCCUGAUGAUGGGCAAGUUCACCAUAAGUGCGGGCAAUACCAUAAUGCCGGUAUAUACGGCGGAACUUUAUCCCACGCCCAUUCGCAAUGUGGGCGUUGGGGCCUGCAAUGUGGCCGCUGGUGUGGCCCUGAUCCUCACUCCCUAUCUUUCGCUCCUCAACAAGAUUGAGGGCCACCUCCUGAUGACCCUGCUGACCGCCUGGAGCAUCUUUGGUGGCUUUGUGGUGCUCUUUCUGCCCGAGACCGCCGUGCGUUCAAAGGCAGCAAACCAGGGUGGCUCCAAUGCCAAUGCCAAUAAUGCCAAUGCCAAUACCAGUGUCGCCAAGCAGGUGUAAUGACCGCCAUUGCCAAUCCCCACGUGCUCAGCCCCCGAAGGAACAAAGUAUUUUGGCUGGUCCAAAGUAUGCCGAUUAGAAGUCAGAAGUCUCUAUGCCCCCACUUAACCACGCCCUCUCUAACCUGCCACGCCUCCCGACAUAUCCACCGCCUGAAGCCACCUACAAUUUAUGGUAACGAUUCGAUGAUUGUCCAAGAGUAAUGCCAAUUCGCUAGAGAAUGUCACAUGUCAGGCAGGACCUUGUUUGCGUAGCAUGUAGUGAGUAUGUAUCUUAACAAUUAACUAACAACAAUGGCUUGUAGCUUAUGUCAUAGUCUAAGUACUGAAAACACACACACACAACAUCCAGAAUGUCAUUAAACAAAACUCUAAGUAGAUUAAGUUCUUCGGUUCCCAUCGAAGUUAAUAAACUUGGCCAAAUCUUAGGGAGGGUUUGCAAAGGGAGUUUACUGAAAUUUUUUUUUAUCCAUUUACCCAAUAGAUCCCAUUUUAUUUGACCCUGUUUCACAAAUAUAGAUUUUAAUAAUGAGAAACAUUUUUAUGGCAGUACUCCAUCAAUAUUAUGCACCUUCCUAAGAAAAGUUUAUGAAAUGGAAAUUUUUGCAAUACCCAGUUAAUUACCCUGAAUACAGAGCGUUACUAAUUUAGCUAAUUUAAUUAAAUCGAAUCAAAGUAUACACAAGCAAAAAUCAAGAAAAAAACAAUUAUAAUGUUGUCAAUAUGUCUUGUCAAUAUCUCAACGUAUUCAUAAUCUCGUCGUCGUCGUCUUCUUGUUGUCUAUUAAUAAAUGUUUUCCAAAUACGAGAUCAAUAAGCAAAGUAUCUAAAUCUUCCAGGGAAAUGAGAAUGGCAGAUUCAAGCGACAAAUUGUAAUCUCUAGUAAUUGUAGUCAAUUAAUCCUUAGUCUACGCGUACCCAAAAACAAAACUUAUAUACAACAGAUCAGUCUCUAGGUAUCGGUCAAUUAUGGAUUUGUAUAUAUGUAUGUCUGUUUGUGUGUGCAGUAGGACACAGAACAUACAAGAAGUUUUAUGGUUUGGAGUCAUAUUAAACAAUAUAUGUAUGUAUAUGAAAUGAACAAAAUAAAUUUCCAAUAUAAUGCAUUUAACAAUGUAUACAAUUAUGUGUAUAUGGAUAUGUGUGCGUUUGUGUAUGUAUAUGUAGUGCAGAAAACAAAAACAAUCAAAUUAGAAAAUGCAAACCUGUUGAAUUACUUGUUGUACUUACCUACCAAGUUGUUAUUUGCUCAUUUGUAUUUGGUAUUAUUUUCGUACUUUUAUUUUGCUUAUUUUACCAUUAUUUUUUUGUUGCAUAUUGUACUUACCCGUUAAGAUGAAACCAGCUUUGUUAUGUAUUUGUCAUAAGUAAAAGAUUUUUUAAGCUUCAAAUAAACGGAAUACCCGAAUCUAAAACAGAAUGAAAUUAAUUGUUAAGUUAAGUGUUGAGAUGAAGCACUUGAAUAAAUUUAUGAAAAUUGUUGUAAAUCAAAAUUACCAAAGCAAACGCAAUUAUAGU